AGAUAGUGCGUGUGUGCGUGUGUCUGGAGGGAGGAGAGAGAGAGGCUGCAGUGUGUGCGCGCGUGCGUGUGUGUCGCGCGCAUAGAGUAGGAAAAGCGUGUUUACACAGACUGCCGAACGCCUGGGGAAUAAUGCGCGAGAGGAAGUGAGCCGGCUCUCUGUCUGCGCGCUCCGACUUCCUGCUCAGAAGAAGGAGAAAAAAAAUCUCCGGAUCCCCUUACAGUCUCGAGCCCCGUAGCCCAGACGGCAUCAGCAUGGAAAACCAGCGCAUUAUACGGAAUUCACUUUAAAAACAUCUAAGAGAAACAGACGUUUCUUCCGCCAGGGUAUGUGGACACAUUGGCUUAUUCAUAAUAACUUUAUUGACACCGAAUAAACUCCGAGUUUAAACUCGAUUAAAUUGAACUCUGAAGCUUUGCGAAAAGAAUUGGUUGGAAAUAUGAUAUCUUAUAAUUUCUCCAAUGAACUUGAAAUUGUAGUGACUGUUUACGCCUUUUCUUGUCUGCCAUUAAUGAUUUGCGAUUGUUUCUGUGUCUUCAUGAAAACAAGUUGAAAAUUAUAAUUUUCCAUGUCUUAGAGUUCACCCUUCCCGUUUAAUAAUAACCACACGCUGUCAUUAUAAAUGCCCGUUUCAUUAAUGGUGGGCUACGAUGGUCAACGGUGAAGUGCUGCUGUUGUUUGUACAGUUUUUGGGACGGAAGUUACCGUUGACGUUAAUGCGCUCGUGUCCCUUUAAAAGCUGUAGUAGACUUUCUGGUUUGUCUGGACUUUGCAGACUAAUUGCCAUGCGCUUCCGGAUUGAAACUGGCAGCAGACAACAUCUUGAAAAUGAGUCAUUGGUACAAACAAAGAAUCGUUUGAGCGAUCCAGCCUCUCCGUGGCCGAUGACUCUGUCCUCAGUCAAUCCCUAUGCAACCUUUGUUCAUGGAGAGUGCCAUCACGCUAUGGCAGUUCCUGCUGCAGCUGCUGCUGGAUCAGAGCCACAAGCACCUGAUCUGCUGGACGUCCAACGACGGAGAGUUCAAGCUGCUGAAGUCUGAGGAUGUGGCCAAGCUGUGGGGCCUGCGCAAGAACAAGACCAACAUGAACUACGACAAGCUGAGCCGAGCCCUGCGCUACUACUACGACAAGAACAUCAUCAAGAAGGUGAUUGGUCAGAAGUUCGUCUACAAGUUCGUGUCAUUUCCUGAGAUCCUGAAGAUGGACCCGGCAGCGGUGGAGAUGGGGCGGGGCUCAGAGGAGGGGGGUGGCGGCCUGUCCGAGGGAGAGGGGGGGGAGGAUGAGGGGGGGAGGGGCGUCCCCGCCGGCAGGAACGAGUACCUCCACUCAGGCCUGUACUCCUCAUUCACCGUCAGCUCUCUCCAGCACCCGGACAUGCCUCGCCCGCCCGACUUGCACCGGCCAAUCAAGGUGGAGCCCAGACACGAUCAUCUUGACGACAGCUCAACGGUUAUACGCUUCGUACCCAACCGCGGGGCUCUGCCACUGAUGUCCCUCCCCCCCGCCUCCCCCCCGUCCUCAACGGAGGGCUACCAUUCGUUCAAACUCUCCCCUAGACCCGCCCGCUCCUCGUCAGCUCCUCCUCGCCACCGCUUAGCCCCCGCCCACACGCUGUGGAGAGGGCGGAGCCCCGUCCCAGAGACUCACGAAUUAGAGCACAGCGCUCAACCUCUCAACCUAUCGUCUGGUCACAGGGAGAGAGCCAGGGCCACUCCCACGCCAGAGAAGAGGGGCUUAGCCAAUAGCUUCCCGCCUAAAACCAGGAAGCCCAAAGGGCUGGAGAUCUCGGCCCCUUCCCUUCUCCUGACAGGAAGUGACAUCGGCUCUAUCGCCCUCAACAGCCCAGCACUGCCCUCAGGGUCUUUGACGUCUGCCUUCUUCACUGCACAGACUCCCUCUGGCCUCCUCCUCGCCCCCAGCCCCCUGCUGUCCAGCAUACACUUCUGGAGCAGCCUGAGCCCUGUGGGCCCCCUCAGCCCUGCACGUUCUGGGCGGCCACGGACCCCCUCUUCCAGGUAUCUCUCUCUCUCACACACACACACACACACACACACACACACACGAACAGAGACACACACAUUCACACAUACAGGAAGAUAGGGUGGGAUAUGGA